UGUCUGUCUGUCCGUCCGUCCCGCGCAGGGCGGGGGCAUGGCUGGCGCGCGGCCGCCCCGGUUCCUGCUGGUGUUCGACUUCGACGAGACCAUCGUGGACGAGAACAGCGACGAGUCGGUGGCGCGGGGCCGGGCGCUGCCCGCGGCGCUGCGGCACGGCCCGGCCGGCGGCUCCUACAACGAGCACAUGCGGCGCGUCCUGGCCUUCCUGGGCGAGCAGGGCCUGCGCCCCGCCGAGCUCCGCGCCGUCUACGAGAACAUCCCGCUGGCCCCCGGCGUGGCCGAGCUCUUCCAGUUCCUCUCCAAGCACCGCCAGCACUUCGAGCUGGUGCUCAUCUCCGACGCCAACACCUUCGGCAUCGAGGCCAAGCUGCGGGCGGCCGGCGCGCUCUCGCUCUUCCGCAAGAUCUUCAGCAACCCGGCCGGCUUCGACCGCCGCGGCGUCCUCGUGCUGGGGCCCUACCACAGCCACACGUGCCCGCGGUGCCCGCCCAACAUGUGCAAGGGGAAGAUCCUGGGCGAGUACCUGGCGGAGCGGGCGCGCGACGACGCCGAGUUCCGGAGCGUUCUCUACGUGGGCGACGGCGCCAACGACUUCUGCCCCGCCGGGGCGCUGCGGGCGGCCGACGUGGCGUUCCCCAGGAAGGGCUUCCCCAUGCACCGGCUGAUCCAGGAGAGCCGCGAGAAGCAGCCCGGCGCUUUCCGGGCCGCCGUGGUGCCCUGGGAGUCGGCGGCCGAGGUGGCGCGGUACCUGCAGGAGCUGCUCCGCGGGGAAUGCUGAGCGCUGCCA